AUGUCUACGCAAAUAUUCCUUCCCUCCGAGAAGUUGUGUGCCGACAGCACCAGAGAGCAGGAAUGGCUUAUUGACGAGGUGAUACGGCCGCAAUUGCCCAACAUCAAGGAAAACCUCUCGUCCUGUAUGGCCAAAAUCAGUGAAAACAACGACGAGGAGUUCAAGUUCCCGUUGUCGUCACACAACUCUGAGACGCUCAAGGGCGUAAUCAGCCGCUCCAAUUUCCGAGUCACAGGGCUCAGCGUGUCCAUCCGGUCAAAAAACAUCGGCCGUGCGCUGCACUUGCGGCUCAAGGACAACUCGACACUGAUACUGCGCCAAUUACUGGAUUGUCACGAUCUAAUUUACAACGCUAUCAACACCAUUGGCAAAAUACAGACGCUCCAAGAAACACAGCCUGCUGUGCUGCUAAAAAUACUGUCAACGCUUCACCGCCAAAUCCAGCUCGCCAAGAAAUCCCUGCUCUUCCCCACAGAGGCAUACAUGUUCCCCAGGUACAGGCUGCCGCACCAGCUGUUUGAGCCGGAGCUCCCCGAAAACGUGGCCCUGGACCUGGUCAUCAGCAACAGCGACCUCUCGAUCGACCUCAAGGUAAUCAAGCCGAUCACGCAUCGGCCGUGGGACCUGAUCAUCGACGUGCCGAACCGCGUCUCGUUUGCAGACCAUGUGCGCGCCAAGAUCUCGCAGGACAGAACACGGUCCAUCUCCACGAUCCUAGCCGUCCUGCUCCACGGUGUUGAAGAUGUCAAGCAAAUACCUCGAAGAAAGCAUCACGUACAUGGACAACAGCGACAGUCCGGUCGUCGUGACGAUCCAGGAGACGUGCGACGUGGUGACGAGCGACCCGAUGCUUCUCUCGAUCACCAUCAAGCUGGAUAG